AUGUCUGCCGCCUCUCGCGCCAUGCUGGGCAAAGUGGGCAAAAUCGUCCCUCCCAUGCUUGAGAAAUUCCACAAGGGACAGCUGGGCCGAGUUGCUGUCAUCGGCGGCAGUGCCGACUAUACGGGCGCACCGUACUUCUCAGCCAUGGCUUCUGCUCGACUGGGCUGUGAUUUAUCUUACGUCUUUUGUGAACCGUCGGCCGCGCAGACCAUCAAAUCAUAUUCACCGAAUUUGAUGGUAUCCCCGAUCCUCAAGUCCACUGCCUCGAUAACCCCAACGCAGAAAGAGCCGUCUGGUGAAGAGCUGGCAAGACCCAUAUUGGACAUGCUUCCACGGCUGCAUGUACUCGUCAUUGGGCCUGGACUGGGGAGAGACGUGAUCACUCAGAAACAGGUCAAGGCCGUCAUUUCGGAAGCAAGGAAACAAGACCCCCCCGUGCCGAUGGUAUUAGAUGCCGACGCCCUCUGGCUCAUCCAGACGGAUCCGGACAUAAUCAAAGGCCACAAGGAGUGCAUACUCACGCCCAAUGUAGUGGAAUUUGGCCGACUGGCGAAAUCGGUCGGUAUGGAUCUCAACAAGGGAGAUCCGGAGAUGGCAUGCCAGGAGCUCUCCAAGAUCUUAGGUGGAGUCUGCAUCAUCCAAAAAGGGGCAGUAGAUUACAUUUCGCAAGGCGUACAGACCACCAUUUCGGAUAUCCAAGGAGGCUUGAAACGGUCAGGCGGCCAGGGAGAUACCUUGACAGGCUCUUUGGGUACUUUCCUCGCUUGGCGCGAGGCAUACCAUCAAGGCCUGUGGGAAGUGGGUGACGAGAAGAUGAGUCGAGAGGAGACGUUGUUGUUGGCUGCAUUCGGCGGAAGCGCUAUUACGAGAGAAUGCUCUCGACGGGCUUUCGCGAAGAGGCAGAGGAGUUUGCAGGCGGGUGAUCUCACGGAGGAAGUGCAUAAUUCAUUCCUUGCGCUUAUCGGAGAGCCGGAGCAGCCGCCCAAACAAAAUUUGUGA